CAACUCACCAGCUAGAAAAUGGUGAAAGAAACCACUUACUAUGAUGUUCUGGGAGUCAAACCCAAUGCCGCCCAGGAAGAAUUGAAAAAGGCUUACAGGAAACUAGCCUUGAAGUACCACCCUGAUAAGAAUCCAAAUGAAGGAGAAAAGUUUAAACAGAUUUCUCAAGCUUACGAGGUUCUCUCUGAUGCCAAGAAAAGAGAAUUAUAUGACAAAGGAGGAGAACAGGCAAUUAAGGAGGGUGGAGCAGGUGGCGGUUUUGGCUCCCCCAUGGGCAUCUUUGAUAUGUUUUUUGGAGGAGGAGGAAGGAUGCAGAGAGAAAGGCGAGGUAAAAAUGUUGUGCAUCAGCUCUCAGUUACCUUAGAAGAUUUAUAUAAUAUUGCAACAAGAAAACUGGCUCUGCAAAAGAAUGUGAUUUGUGACAAAUGUGAAGGCCAUGGUGGUAAAAAAGGGGCCGUGGAGUGCUGUCCCAACUGCCGAGAUACUGGGAUGCAAAUACGAAUUCAUCAGAUAGGACCAGGAAUGGUUCAGCAAAUUCAGUCUGUGUGCAUGGAGUGCCAGGGCCAUGGAGAAAGGAUUAGUCCUAAAGAUAGAUGUAAAAGCUGCAAUGGAAGGAAAAUAGUUGGAGAGAAGAAGAUUCUGAAAGUUCAUAUUGACAAAGGCAUGAAAGAUGGCCAGAAGAUAACAUUCCAUGGUGAAGGAGACCAAGAACCAGGAUUGGAGCCUGGAGAUAUCAUCAUUGUAUUAGACCAGAAGGACCAUGCUGUUUUUACAGGACAAGGAGAAGACCUUUUCAUGUGUAUGGACAUACAACUGGUUGAAGCACUGUGUGGCUUCCAAAAGCCAAUCUCCACUCUUGACAACCGAACCAUAGUCAUCACUUCUCAUCCAGCAGUAAUCAAGCAUGGAGAUAUCAAAUGUGUUCUAAAUGAAAGCAUGCCAAUUUAUCGACGACCAUAUGAAAAGGGCCGCCUAAUCAUUGAGUUUAAGGUAAACUUUCCUGAAAAUGGCUUCCUCUCUCCUGAUAAACUCUUUUUGCUGGAAAAACUCCUUCCUGAGAGGAAGGAAGUAGAAGAGACUGAUGAAAUGGAUCAGGUAGAACUUGUGGAUUUUGAUCCAAAUCAGGAAAGACGACGCCAUUAUAAUGGAGAAGCUUAUGAGGAUGAUGAACAUCACCCUAGAGGUGGUGUUCAGUGUCAAACCUCAUAAUGGAGCCAGUGAAUAGCACCCACUACUGGCAUUUUAAAUGCAGUAGUGACGGAGUGAAGGACUGUAAUCAUAAAUAAGUUCACUACUUGCUAUUGUUUUUUGUUGUAAUAUUCAACUAUAGUAGUGUUUUAAAAAGUUAAAUGAAGAAUAAACACAAAUAUAAAAGCUCUGACUUUGCUCUGUAUGUAUGAUGACUUGUGUGCAAGAUGAAGUUUUAAUACUUGUAAAAACUUUCAAAAUAGUUCCUCUAGCAUCUGUUAAACCACAUAUUGUAAUUGAUUCAGCUGUGUACAUGGACAAGCUUAAACUGAAAUGCUAGGUAUAUGUGUUGACUUUGGUGUAUGGCCUUUUAUCAUUAAUUUGUGGGGCUAAACCUUUGUAUUUGGCUAGUAAUCUGAAAAAGUUAAUAUGUAGAGAAA